UGCGGAGGGUGGAGCCCCCGCCCGGGGCCCGGCAGGAUGGAGGCGGGUUCAGGCGCGGCUCGGAGCGGGGCAGAUCGGCGGCUGCAGCUGCUGAGCCCCUGCGACCCUGGGCGGAGCUCCGCGAUCCAAAUGUCCGGCUCCCGGAGCGAGGUGGGCGGGCGGCUCGGGACCACCGCCAGGGCUGGCAUGGAGCGGUGGCGGGACCGGCUGGCAUUGGUGACAGGAGCUUCGGGGGGCAUCGGCGCGGCUGUGGCCCGGGCCCUGGUCCAGCAGGGACUGAAGGUAGUGGGUUGUGCCCGCACCGUGGGCAACAUCGAGGAGCUGGCUGCCGAAUGUAAGAGUGCAGGCUACCCCGGGACUUUGAUCCCCCACAGAUGUGACCUGUCCAGCGAGGAGGAUAUCCUCUCCAUGUUCUCGGCCGUCCGAUCUCAGCAUAGCGGUGUGGACAUCUGCAUCAACAAUGCUGGCUUGGCCCGGCCUGACACCCUGCUCUCAGGCAGUACCAGCGGCUGGAAGGACAUGUUCAGUAUGGGCCCAAGCUGGAGACACCCCAUUGCCCUCCCCGGCCUGCAGGUGAACGUGCUGGCCCUCAGCAUCUGCACGCGGGAGGCCUACCGGUCCAUGAAGGAACGCAAGGUGGAUGACGGGCAUAUCAUUAACAUCAACAGCAUGUCUGGUCACCAAGUGUCACCCCACUCCGUGAUCCAUUUCUAUAGUGCCACCAAGUAUGCUGUCACCGCACUGACAGAGGGACUGAGGCAAGAGCUUCGGGAGGCCCAGACCCACAUCCGAGCCACGUGCAUCUCUCCAGAAGUGGUGGAGACACAAUUCGCCUUCAAGCUCCACGACAAGGACCCUGAGAAGGCAGCUGCCACCUAUGAAUGCAUAAAGUGUCUCAAGCCCGAGGAUGUGGCCGAGGCUGUCAUCUAUGUCCUCAGCACCCCUCCACACGUCCAGGUGAGUCUGGCCUUGACUGCCCACCCCCUGGAGGAGGCCAGCCAUCCUCAGAGGAGGACAGCAGGGAGGCCUCAGGGGGUGGGGACAACGUCCUGGCCGCCUCAAGCCUUGUGCCUUCCAGCAGAUUGGAGAUAUCCAGAUGAGGCCCACGGAGCAGGUGAUCUAGUUUCCUGUGGGGAGCUCGGCCUUCCCUCCCCGCCCCUCGCAGCUUGGCUCCUGCCUCUGGAUUUUAGGUGUUGAUUUCUGGACUCCUGGAUUCCGCUUCCUCUCCCCACCCCACCAGGGGCUAAAAAAUUUGUUUGAAGUUUUUAUAUCUUAUCAAAUCGUUUCCAUCACAAAUAGGAACAGUGGGCUGGGAAGAGGAGGUGGUGUCCCUGAUUAUUUUACCUGUUAACUCAUUCUCGGUCCCCUUCUUAGGCUCCUUGGCCUUUGUUUGCUCUCUUCCGUCUCUUCCUUUUGACCUGGGGAAGGGACUGUGGCCAAAAGGGGGGCUCCCCCUGUCCCUCAGGAAGGAGGUGGCAGAGAGAAGCCCUCACCUUCCAUCUGAAUGGUAAUCCAAGGCUCCAGGCUUCCUCCUCUUCCUGCCCUACUGCCCCAUCGCCCCUUCACUUCCCCCAUCCCAGUUCUCCAGCCCAGUCUUGGCUUCUCGGCUCCCCCGGGGGGGUCAUCACUCCACUGACUAUGGCAGCUGAAUACCAGGGCCUGCCUCCCAAGUGGAUUUCACUGUGAUAAUUAAAAAAGAAAAAUUGCAACAAC